AUGGACACAACACAGAAGGCAGUGAAACGCCAGGCUAGCUUCUGCAAUGCCAUCACCUUCAGCAACAGGCCCAUCGUUAUUUAUGAACAAGUCAGGCUUAAGGUCAUGAGAGACCCCAUCUUCCGAGCACCACAGGCAAAGAACUCUGCUGCUGCAGGUGCUGAGAUAAAAGCUCUUAUGGCCAUUUUUGGCACACUUUGUGAGAGGAUGAUUUUUAGGCCAAAAGGAAUUACCCUAGAAAUAGAAAUGAGUCAUCAUGCAGCUAUCACUAAAAAGCAGUGUUGCUGGAGUGGGGCUCUUCGACUCGGGUUUACUUCCAAGGAUCCAUCAAGGAUUAACCCUGACACUCUGCCGAAGUACGCGUGCCCUGACUUGGUUUCCCAAAGUGGUUUUUGGGCCAAGGCUCUGCCAGAAGAGUUUGCGAAUGAGGGAAACAUCAUAGCCUUCUGGGUGGACAAGAAGGGACGGGUUUUCUAUCGGGUGAACGACUCUGCUGCGAUGCUUUUCUUCAGUGGGGUGAGAACAGCAGAGCCUCUCUGGGCUUUGAUCGAUGUCUACGGACUCACCCGCGGAGUGCAGCUCUUAG